GCGCCGUUUACUCGCUUCCCAAUGUUCGUGGCGCCGCGCUUAGUUGGUAGUCUGGGCCGGUCAAACUGGAAAACCCUAAAAGACUCACCUUACUUCUGGCUCCAACAACGGGGACAAAACCAAUCCGAGGGAAAUGGGAAGAGAAGACACGUGCCUGUAUAUAGAAUCAUUACAAGGCGGUUUCCACAUUACAGAGUCGCCCAUAGUGAUGACUAUAAUCAGGCUCAGGAAUCAUUUGCAAUACUUCAUGAUGAGGUUAUUUCCGAAAUUGAGGGGAAAAAGACCUCGAAAAAGAUACUGAAGCAAGUCAGGGCUUGGAUUGAGAAGAAUAACGUAUGUGUUGCACUACAAAAGUUGGCAGUCAAUGCUACAAUCAUAAUGAAUGUAGACGAAGACGGCUAUGCAUCAGAUUCAUCCGAUUCCAACGAGGACGGUGCCUCGUCUGUUGAAGCUUUUGAUAUUGUCGAAGCCGACCAAGUCACGAAAGAUGGUAUUGCAUCUUCGUCGUCUGAUAUGUCUCCACAAAAGCGUAGUUCCGCUCCCGUAGAAGAUGGUUUAUGCCACAAUGAAGUAGAAGAUAUGGCACGGAUUAGCGACGUGAGCGAGUUCGAUGAGGAUAACUCGUCUAGCGGCGAGGGUCGUGACAACCAUGUUGAUAAAUCACUCGCCAAGUCCCGUCGUGAUAAGCGCAAAAGCAGUCCGACCCUUUCACCCACUGAUGCAGCAUCCAACAUCGCAAUUACUUCUUCGAUAGAAGACUACUGGCCCUUUCUUACAAACCUCAUGGAUUCCUUAAUGCAAUGGGUCGAAGGACCGGUUGUUGAAAAACAAAUCCGGAGGAAUAACGUUGCACAUCAGGGAAAUAAAGAUCCGGGACUUUUAAAUAUUCCCCUGCAUUUCAUCGCUUUAUUGACGUAUCCAGAAAUUGAGCCUAAUACAAAAGUUUCUCUGACUGGUAUGUGUGAGAACAAAAGAAAUGAAACGGAGGGAAAUUGUGAAAGGGGAAGACCGUUACUAGGAGAAUAG